GAUGAUAAAUACAGGGUUUCCCUAAUCCCUAACUUGAUAUUCAACGAGAAAGGAUUCAAUAUAUCGAAAUGGGAUUCUGCGACACUGCUUCAAUUCUUCUACUUCUUGCGGUUGUAACUCUAGUUGCAGCGAAGAAAUCUGGGGACGUUACAGAAUUACAAAUCGGUGUGAAGCAUAGGCCAACUACUUGCGAACUACAGGCUCAUAAAGGUGAUAGAGUUAAAGUACACUAUCGGGGAAAACUUACUGAUGGAUCUGUAUUUGAUUCCAGCUAUGAAAGGAAUGACCCCAUUGAAUUUGAUCUUGGUAACGGUAAUGUGAUUAAAGGAUGGGAUCAAGGACUCCUUGGAAUGUGUGUGGGUGAGAAGAGAAAAUUGAAAAUACCUUCUAAACUUGGUUAUGGAGAAAGUGGAUCCCCACCCAAGAUUCCAGGUGGUGCCACUCUCAUCUUUGAUACUGAGCUUGUAGCUGUGAAUGGAAAGACAUCGCCAGACAAGCCACGUGACAUUUAGCUAUACGAAUGAGCUUGGGGGAUCCCAAUUUUGACAUUGCCUUUCCCCCCACCCUUGUUACAGACACCACAGACAUGGAACUGGAACAAUGCCAUGUCUGAAUUUUUGUAAGAAAGUGGGGUUAAAAGUAGAAUUAAAGUUGGGGCACAUUUAGCAAUUUUUUAACUUUUGAAUUUUAGACAUCAAAAUUGUUUGUUUGGCCUAGACUAUUAUAAUAGCAGUACGCGUGCUCUCUACUACUACUGUUUUGUAUAUUGUGACAACAUUGUUACCCGAGAAAUUUGGAGUACUUGAAGAAUUCUAUACCAUCAAAAUAGUUUACACAAAAUAUUUAGGUCACCCACAACCCAUAAAUUCAGCUCUGAACU